AUGUUUUUCGAAAUAUCUACAGGGCUAGCCCCCUAUUUAAAGGACAUUAAACUUGUGAUGGCUAUGGAAAAAGGUCGAAAAAGUGUGAACACACGUAAAACUACCUUUAUCGGUGGAUGGAAUGUUCGCUCGUGUUUUCGACAAGCAAAACAUGAAUUAAUAGUGAAACAACUGCAAAAAUACCGAGUUCAAGUGGCAGCUUUGAGCGAAACGGCUAUUUAUGACUCAGGAAUAUUAACAACUGACGAUUUUACCAUCAUUCAUUCUGGUGCAUCAAAUGACAAUAAGACACGCUCAGCUCAUGGAGUAGCGGUGUGUUUAAACAAACAAGCCGCAAAAGUGUGGAAAGAUUCAGGAUCUGAAUGGGAAGCUAUCAAUGAUAGGAUAAUUAUGGUUCGUCUUGGAUGUAAACCUAUCAAUUUCAUAGUGUUAGCAGUGUAUGCACCAAUAAAUCCAUCAAAUGGGCAAAAGGCUCAAAGUGCAGCUUCAGUUGAAUUUUACAAAUGCUUACAGGCGGCCAUGGAUAAAGUGUCGAGACGUGAUAUGGUUCUACUUAUGGGAGAUUUCAAUGCUCGAGUUGGCCUACAACAGUCUCAAACGGCCGGUGAUAUAAUUGGAAAGCACACAAUAGAUCAACAAAACGAGAAUGGUCAACUUUUAGUCGACUUUUGCUCUCUAAACAAUUUGAUAGUGACCAACACUUUCUUUCAGCAUAAACCUGUGCACCAAGCCAGCUG